AUGUGGGAGUUCCGGUCCAUGAAUUUUUGGCGGGCGGUCUUUGCAGAGUUCUUCGGGACCAUGUUUUUUGUGUUCUUCGGCAUGGGUGCUGCGCUGCGCUGGACCACUGGGCCUCAUCAUGUCCUUCAUGUGGCCCUGUGCUUUGGGCUAGCAGCUGCCACCCUCAUCCAGUCCAUUGGUCACAUCAGCGGCGGCCACAUUAACCCUGCCGUCACCUUUGCCUACCUUGUUGGCUCACAGAUGUCUCUUUUCCGCGCCAUUUUCUACAUAGUCGCCCAGUGCCUGGGUGCUGUAGCUGGGGCUGCUGUGCUGUAUGGGGUUACACCUGGAAACAUGAGAGGCAACAUGGCGAUGAACACGCUGCAACCUGGCAUUAGUCUGGGAAUGGCCACCACUGUCGAAGUUUUCCUCACCAUGCAGCUUGUGGUGUGCAUCUUCGCUGUGACUGACGAGAGGAGAAACGGACGCCUGGGAUCUGCUGCCCUUUCUAUCGGCUUCUCUGUCACCAUUGGACAUCUCAUGGGGAUGUACUAUACCGGCGCUGGAAUGAACCCUGCUAGGUCCUUUGCCCCUGCUGUGCUCUUCAGGAACUUCAUCAACCACUGGGUGUACUGGGUCGGGCCUAUGAUAGGAGGUGCCAUGGGCGCCCUCCUGUAUGAUUUCAUGCUGUUCCCACGCAUGAGAGGCCUGUCUGAGCGCCUGGCCACACUGAAGGGCAGUCGGCCCCCCGAGAGCGAGACCCAGCAGGACACCCGCGGGGAGCCCAUCGAGCUCAAGACGCAAGCCCUAUAA